AUGGUCCUCUGUGGCCAAACAGCUUUGGGUUCAGGAAUUUUGUUUACGUACCCGCAGAUCGCCACCAUCGCCGGUGUGCAGGGUCUUGUGGUCUACAGUCUCUCCUCAGCCCUACCACUACUCGUCUUCGCGUACCUUGGGCCGAUUAUUAGGAAAAAAUGUCCCGAGGGGUUCGUGCUCACGGAGUGGACACGCCAACGAUACGGAGCUCUUGCUGCAUUAUAUCUCUCGGCCUUGACGUACGAAACUCCUCUUGCCCUUCGAAUUUCCUCGUAUCUAACCCCAGACAGGCUCAUUACCAUCUUUCUCUACAUGGUCGCCGAGCUUUCUGCUCUCCAGCAAAUCAUCAACGCACUGACCGGGCUCAACGGCCUCCCUGUCGUGAUUGUGGAAUGUGUGGUGACCACAAUUUACACUUCUCUGGGAGGUUUCAAAGUGUCUUUCAUCACAGACAACAUCCAAGGCGCCAUGGUCGUAGGGUUGAUCAUCAUCGGAUGCAUCACUGUCGGUGUGGAAACCCAUGUCCAAAAGGACUUGAUUGACAAGAGCGGAUACCUGGAUGCAAGUUUGCUCGGCUGGCAGUUGAUGUAUAUCCUGCCAGUGGCGAUCCUGACAAACGAUUUCUUCCUUUCCGGGUUCUGGAUGAGGACGUUUGCGGCAAAGACCGAUAAAGACUUGUGGGUUGGUGUGAGCAUUGCCACCGUGGCCGUCGCUAUCAUCCUGACGCUUUGCGGCGUCUCUGGACUCUUGGCUGGGUGGUCUGGCGCAUUGGGCAAUCCGCCCGAGGAGUCCUCGAUUGCCUUCUUCCUGUUACUGGAACAGCUUCCCGCCUGGGUGGUGGGUUUUGUUAUUGUCAUGACGGUUGCUCUGUCCACCGCAGCAUUCGACAGCUUCCAGUCCGCCAUGGUGAGUACCGGGUCCAACGACAUUUUCCGCAACAAGUUGAACCUAUGGGUUCUCCGGGCGACCGUUGUGGUGAUUAUUGUCCCCGUGGUGGUCGUGGCGUUGAAGUCACCCUCGGUGCUGCAGAUCUACCUGAUCUCCGAUCUCAUCUCUGCGUCUUCCAUCCCCGUCUUGGUCAUCGGUCUGAGUGACCGAUGCUACGCCUGGCGCGGGUUUGAAGUCGUCGUGGGAGGACUCGGCGGUAUCAUGACCGUCUUCCUCUUCGGCCUCGUCUUCUACAAGGGAGACGUCAGCUCCGCGGGUGCCCUACUGCUACUCGAAGCCGGCCUGUACGCGGACGACUGGUCUGCCUUUGGAGCAUUCGUGGCUGCCCCCGUGGGCGGGCUGCUGUGGGCGCUCGGCGCGUUUGUACUGAGACUCUCUGUACAAUGGUGCAUCGCGAAGAUUCGAGGCACGAGGUUCGAUGCGCUGGACAAGCCCGCGGCGCCGGCCGCGAGUUUCUACACGGGCAGAACGAGCCCGACCACGGGCGACUCGGAGAGAGACGUCUAUGCCGACGGAGAUGGCGUUGUGAGGAGCCAAGUCGAAGUCAAGGGCAAGUUCUUUUGA